ACGAAAGUCGGCGUCUAUGACGGCCCUUACACCAUCACGUGACCGACCCCCUUACUGUGACUAAACACACACAAACGCCCUGGUCCGCGCGGUAUUCUACCACCAAUAGAUUAUCUGUUUCCGUCUGGCUCAAUCGGGUCAGUCCGUCGUCACACUCACACGAGCUCGGAUCUACAGUUGCGUUCUGUGAAUAGUUCCCCGUAUACCAUCCGUGUACUCGUGUGUUAUUGAUUGGGUGGAUUGCUGAGUCACAUUAAUGGCUGUCAAAAUACAGAAUCAGUCAUCAACGAGUGCAAAGCGCGACAUAUGACAUUUGGUUACCGCCGUCUACCGGGAGUAACAUUUACCGUUAGCAUCACUCUGUAACCGCUGAUGUGUGCAAGAUUACAACCAUCAGGGUAGCUCGACCUCAGCUCAUUUUCGGAAUCUGAAACUAUUUUGUCAUCCGUGGCAUCCACUUCCGACAUUUAAAGCCUUUACAACAUGUGACCUUACAUUUGGAAAUACAGCCAUUUCGUCGGACAUUGAGAUAUAAACCUUUCAAAGUGGAUAGAGUAUAGUGUCACAAGAAGACUGCUGCAAGAGUUCCUGGUCUAUUGCAACGUGGAUCAAGGAACAGGCUCCGCCGUCGGUGACAUCGUUAGACGCGAAGGAGACGUAUUUCAGUAACAACACCUGGUCAGUCUAGACUGGUUCUUCAGCAUUCAAGCGUUCAAGCGAUCUAGUGUGAAAUUGGUGACAGUUUGAAAACCUGCUGUUCCACUGACAGAUUCGUUUCGCGUACUACUGAAACCUAAAGGAGUCAGUAUGUCUGAUACACUGUGUGUUAGCGAAAACUAAAAACCCAUUUUCUGCUCUGCUCGUGUGUUGAGACUUUAAUUUGCGAUUUGUUUUAUUUUUCGAUUCAUUGUUUACCAUCAAUCAUGUCAAUUCAAACAACCAAGCUGUACAAGAGCAUCAUAAGUGAUGACAUUGACCAGAUCGUAUUACAAUUGCUCAACUAUGUGCGGGGUGGAGGAGACAUGAAUAUUUGUGACAGCGUGACGGGAGAGACGUUCAUUCACCACGUCAUCAACCACGUCCAUAGGUUUAUGGAUCCGAAGACCGUCUCCCUGUUGUAUCUGCUGGCUUGUAAACCCAUAGACCUGAACGCCCAGGAUUGUGAUGGAGAUACAGCCCUGCACAAGGUGGUCCGAAAGAACGGAGCACACAGGGCAAUGGUGGCUCUCAUCAGAUGUGGCGGUAGUAUGGACGUGAAGAACAAGAAAGGCUACACCCCUGAAGACAUUCUUUUGAAAGAGAAGCCAGCAGGAUGGGAGACCAUGCUUCAUUGGUACCGGAAGUUCAAACCAGGGCUGUAUGCAGUUUUGGUAGCCCCGAAUCCAGACAAGCGUGUCAUAGAGCGUCUGUUGAAAUCUUGGUGCCGAGUCACGGUCUUCAAAAACGGUAAAGUCACCAACCUGAAAUGUCUUGCACACGCAAAAGCUGGACAACUGGACAUCGUGUAUCUGCUGGAGAAGUACGAAAACACCAUAGAGUUUGCCCUGGGGGUGAUGGCGGCGGUACAGAGGCUGUGUGGGAUGUGGAAGGACCUCGGAUUCGACAGCAGCACCGUCGACGUGAACGCCAAGGACCACUCCCACCAGUUCUGCUUCCCCGACUGCCCAGAGGAACCCCGGCCGCUGGUGGCUGCAGUAUGGGAGAAGGACGUGUGGGAGGUGCUGGACUUCGUCAUGACGUUCAGACCAGACACCAACGUGCUGUAUGCUCCCAUAUCAGACCCACAGUUGACGCCCAAUCCGCUCUUUUUUCAUUUGUUCUCUGGACCUGGUCAACCAACCGAUGAGCGAAUAAUACACCGUGUUCUGAAAAACUCUGAUAUGACCGCCAGGGGGCGCCAGGGAGGAACAAUUCUGUUGACCGCCAUGACGUUCGACCAGCCAGAGCACAUGAUUAAAGCGUUGUUCGACUACGGCGCUAACGUAGCUUCUCGUGCACGCUGUGGACGUACAGUACGGGACAUAAUCCAAGGAUUGGGCAAACCAAAUUAUGUGCAGAUGAUUGACGACCAUGUGAUCGACAUUAUAAAGACCUGUAACAUUGAGCGUCUUGAGACGCUGAUCCUUCAGGCGUAUGACCAUAUUCUGGACAUAACGGACGAGAAAGGGAGGAAUGCACUUCAACUUGCUCGGAAGCAAGGCUCAAAGCAGCUGGUGACCAUCCUGCAGAAUAUUGUCGCGACACAGGAACACGCCAAGAAGGUCUUCCUGGCCAUCGACAGGGGCAAUAAAGCUAUGGUGAAGAAGUUGCUCACGAAGAAGUACGUCAACGCCCUGGACAGAUGCAGUCGGACAGUACUUCAUCACGCUCUGCUUCACCGUCAGGGAGAUAUUGUCCGCAAUCUCCUUGAAGAAUACCCCCAACUCGUCAACAAGUUUGACUGUAUGGGCCGCACACCUCUCCACUACGCCAUGUUGUUCAUGGACCAGGAUACUAUUGACUUUCUGCUGAAGAAAGGAGCCAACAAGAACGCGAAAGAUACUCAAGGCCUGACCCCCCGGGACUACAGUAAGAUUGAGUGCAGCCCCCACGAGUUCCAGGUCCGCCAAGCCGAUGUUGAAGAUUUCGACCUGGAAAUAUUCCUGGGAAUGACCAACUUCUUUGAGACUUUCUACCACGCAUGCAGGAUUGGUGACUUGGCGACAGUGAAGAAUCUAACACUUGGUCUGAAGGAGCACCAUGCCCAACACCGGUUCAGCAACGCUCUGUUUGAUUGUGUGGACAAUGGUCAGUUGUCGGUUGCAGAAUUCCUCGUCAAGAACGGGUUCAGCACAGACGUCUGGAAACAGUAUGAAGACUGUGACCCUGAUGACCCCAUGUGCUCGAUGAUGGAAUGUAGUCACGCGGUAGUUUCACUCCGUCAACGUGCAGUCAACGUGGAUGCCAAAGACAUCGUGACGCUUAUUGACAACGUCGCCAGCGGAAAGGUGAAAACUCUGCUAUCCUCCACAGUGUACCAUUGUGAAAUUGUUCGUGCGUGACGUCAUAACAUUAUUCUUCAUUUAUAUCUGUACUUGUGUCAAAACUCCCUCUGUACGACAGUGUAACAUUUAAUGUUCAAAGUGUGCCGGGGCUAGCAUUGUUUUAAGUCAUCCUUUCAGAAAUUGGUGAAUAUACUGUUUCACAUUUUCACAAAUGUUUUGAAAGAUUUGUAUGCAUACGUUAUUUGAUUGCGUAAUAUUUUUGAUGGAACAUGUAACUGUGCAUACAUACUUUUGAUAUUCGAAAGCAAUAUGUUUUAUACAUUAUAAAUGUGUUUCCUUUCCAACUUUAAUCUGACAUACAUUUCUAAUGGAAUUGAAAAUUGAUUGAUUAAUUGAUUGAUUGAUUGAUUGAUUGAUUGUUGUGUAAAGCCGCGCCCAGCAAUAUUCCAGCUAUAUGGCGGCGCUGAAAAUAAUGGAGUCACAUGAUCGCGUUCGUAUUCAUUUGAAAACAAUAUUAGGUAAAAAAAAGAUCUUUUUGUAACGUGGAGAAAAUAUCUUCCUUUGUGAAAGUCUAUAGGUUAAGAUGUUUUUACUGAAAAGGUGAAUUGUUUUAAUCUUCAUGUUCUGUCAAAAUCAGUUUGUAUCAAAGAAUUGUUCAUGUUCAAAUACAUAUAUCAGAAAGACACAUUAAUGCCUCAAUCACACCUUUCUUCUACCUCUACAUUCUGUUCUCUACACACCCAAACCUUGCAAAUGGUUCCCAUUCUCAUUCAUAUGUACAUUUAAAAAAUCAUUUUACUAUUUUUUAAAUUAUACACAAUGAUCCUCUUAAAUAACAAUUAUACAUUUACCUUACAAUUUCGCACGUAUAGAUCAUUCAUUACAUCCCAAAUUGAAUUUCUAACUUUUUUUCGAUUUAAAAACUGUAUACCUUAAAAUGCUCAUCAGAACCUUGUUCCAAUGCCAGUACGGGUAUGUCUUUGAAAGAAAAGAGUGAAUUUUGGUAGUCAGAAUCUACAACGUCAUAAUUUUAUCAAAAAUAUUGUAUGCACAGUUACUUUGUCCAAUUUUGUAUAUAAGUUGACCAACUAGCGUUACAUGUGUAGACUUACCAGCAAAUGUGAUGUCAUUCAGGUGCCUUUCCAGCAACAGCAACAACAAAAACAAACAAACAAACAAACAAACAAACAAUCUUCAUCAGGGAAGCAGACAUUUCGCCCAUAAAAAGGUUUAUUAUAUAUGUGUCUCCACUGAACUAUUUUAGAAUCACUCUUGGUGCUAAGCUGAUGUAUCCUAAAAUUCAGUAUCUCACCUUUUUUUUU